AUGGGGUUCCUCAAAGCGACAGCGGUCAAAGAGCCUGAAAAAGAAGAGUCGCCCACUCCCCAACUUCCUAGACUUUGCAAUGAGCCCGACGAGGAAAACAAUUCCUUGGCCGGUCAAAGACAGGGCCCAGCUUUGAAGCGUAAGCUGAAGAGCAGACACCUUCAGAUGAUUGCAAUUGGGGGGACAAUCGGAACUGGCCUAUUCAUCUCCAGUGGCGAAGCCUUGGCCCAUGCCGGACCUGUUGGUGCUCUGAUCGCCUAUAUCUUCAUCGGCUCCAUUGUGUUCUCGGUCAUGACUUCCCUGGGAGAGAUAGCCACAUAUCUGCCCGUGUCUGGGGCAUUCACGUCCUAUGCCACCAGAUUGAUCGACCCUAGUCUUGGGUUUGCAAUGGGCUGGAUUUAUUGGUUCUCCUGGGCCAUCACCUACGCGCUUGAGUUGACUGCUACGGGUCUUAUUAUCCAAUACUGGGAUCCGACAAUCAACACGGCAAUAUUCAUCGCAGUCUUCUGGGUCGUCAUUACUAUUUUGAACCUGUUACCGGUGAACUUCUACGGCGAGAUUGAGUUUUGGCUCUCUAUUGCCAAGGUCCUGACAGUGAUCGGAUUUAUCAUCUUUGGCAUCUGCAUUGAUGCUGGUGCAGGGGAUCAAGGGUACCUCGGCUUCCAUAACUGGAUACAUCCAGGUCCAUUCGUCGAUUAUCUCGUUACACCAGGGCCCACAGCAAAGUUCGUUGGAUUCUGGGCAGUGCUCAUCCAAGCAGGAUUCUCUUGCCAAGGAACCGAGCUUGUCGGUUUGGCUGCAGGUGAAACUGAAAAUCCCCGGCAGACAGUGCCAAAGGCUAUUCGAGCAACAUUCUUCCGAAUCCUUCUGUUCUAUGUGUUCUCUGUGUUCUUCAUGGGCCUCCUUGUGCCAUCCGACAACGAGGAUCUUUUGUCAAGCUCUUCUAACGCAAGUGCAUCACCAUUUGUUAUUGCCGCCAAGUUGGCUGGUGUCGAGGUUCUUCCCAGUCUCAUCAACGCGGUUCUGUUGACUGUUGUGCUCUCUGCAGCCAAUUCCAACGUCUACAGCGGAAGCCGUAUGCUAAUCGGCCUAGCAAAUGACGGAUACGCCCCCUCUCUCUUCGCGAAGACGACAAAGGGGGGUGUGCCUUAUUUCGGAGUCGUGCUCACCGCAUUGUUCGGACUUCUUGGGUUCAUGAAUAUCUCGACCUCGGGCACAACGGUUUUCAACUGGUUGCUCAACAUUUCGACGGUUGCAGGGUUCAUUCUGUGGGCUUCGCUAAACGCAUGCCAUAUUGCUUUCAUGCGUGCAUUAAAGGCUCGGAAUAUCUCGCGCGAUUUCCUGCCUUAUAAAGCUCCGUUCCAGCCGUUUCUGGCCUAUUAUGGAUUGUUCUUUAACAUCCUUAUUUUGCUGACGCAAGGGUUCACGGCAUGGAUUCCUUCAUUUGACGUUGAAAGCUUCUUUGUGGCAUAUGUCAGCCUUAUCCUUUUUGCUGUGCUGUGGAUCGGUCAUAAACUGGUGUUCCGGGAUAGUUUUGUGUCUCCACUACAGGCUGAUCUCGACACUGGACGGGCUGAGAUUGAGAAUGAACAUUGGGAGGUGACGGUCCCAACUACAUGGUAUGGCAAGAUAUGGCACGGGAUUAAUGGUUGA